UGAUGGGAGCCUCGGAAAUCACUCCGUACUUGCGAUACCUCCAUCGCUGUCCACGCUCCCACCCCAUCUCCGGUACCGUCGCGACGCGCCACUUCCCAGCGGUCCACAACGCUUGACGCUGCUCCGGCCGCCGGAGCUGCGCCGCCUCCUUAUUCUCGAGACGUCGGAGAUCCCCUCGCUCCCCAUAUUGAAGGGUCCGAUUCAUUAUCCUUUCGAACGUAAGGUCCUUGAACUCGUCCGACUGCUCGACUCGACCGCCGCCGCAGCGGUCAGCGCCGCCUACUGGUCCGCUGCCGCCGGCCACCCGGUCGCUGCCCGAACCCUUACCCCCCAGCCCUCCCUCAUCCUUCGCGCAGUCCCGUACCCAUCUCCCCCAGGCGCCGCCGCACGCCGCUGCUCUCUCCCGAUUUGUGCAUCGCCGGGCGCCAGCAGGGUCGGCGGUUCAGCAAGAGGGCCAAACCGCCCCGCCGCCUUUGCUGCCUGAGUUUCCCCUGCAGGCCCUUAUAAGGUUCCCGGUUCCUCCGAAGCCCCAAACCGCUGGCAAACUAUGUUCGCCGCAGCCACUGUUGCGAUUCCUCCAGCAGUUUCGCCUUCUCUGGCGAAAAGGAACAGGGGAUUUUCUUGGAGCUGUCGAGCGGAACGGAUUUCGGCUGGGUACUCCCAGUUGGAGGUUCGAAAAGUCAGCUAUCGGCCUCCUGGUACUGAGCAAAACUUGUUGAAUGAAACCAGUCUCACUCUUCAGGAGAAAAGUUUUGGUCUGAUUUUUGGACGAAGUGGGAGUGGAAAGACCACUCUUUUACAGCUUUUGGCGGGACUAUCAGAACCUACCUCUGGGUCAAUCUGCAUUCAGAAGUAUGAUGGCAUUGGAAAUCCUACGGGUCUGUCAGAGUUGUUAACUUCUCAAAGAGUUGGUAUUGUAUUUCAGUUUCCUGAGAGGUACUUCUUAGCGGAUACUAUCCUUGAAGAAAUUACUUUUGGUUGGCCGAGGCAAAAGGCAGACUUUCUUUUGAGGGAGCAGCUCACUUUAAAACUUCAAAAUGCCAUUCACUCGGUUGGUCUGAAUACCAUUUCCUGGGACGAAGAUCCACAGUCUCUCAGUGGUGGGUUUAAGCGGCGACUUGCCUUGGCAAUUCAACUGGUUCAAACUCCUGACUUAUUGUUGCUUGACGAACCCCUUGCUGGUCUUGAUUGGAAAGCUCGGGCUGAUGUUGUGAAUCUUCUGAAGGAUCUAAAGAAAGACCACACGAUACUGGUCGUAAGUCAUGACCUAAGAGAACUAUGCCCUCUAGUAGACCGCUCGUGGAGAAUGGAAAUGGGUGGAAUUUUGAAGGAGGAAGCUUUACCUGUAUAGAUAUGCUUUUGUUUGUAUGACCCUUAAGCAUGCUACGAAAUAUUGUGUCAGUCUCCACAUCAGUUGAUCACAUCUGCAGCUCAAGGAUUGAGGAACAAAUAGCCACCAGAACUUCAAUGAAGAGAUCACGGAUGUUAAUUCUGAACUGCAGACUCCUGGAAUGGAGAACAGUCUUCAGUGCAGACAUGUGUCAGUCUAGAUGCUGAAUUUUGUGUCAAGAAUUGCAUAAGCUGUUUUCUGUCUGCUGCAAAUGAUCGGCAGGGCUUAUGACAACCUUGUAUAUUGACAAGCCAUCCCUAUUACUACAGUUCAAAUGAGUACGCAUAUCCACCACCUUUUCUUCAAAAUUUCUCUGAAUUGUUCUCUCUUGUGAACCAAAAAUCUUUCAUUCCUUAUUCUUGUUCUUGAUCAUUUCAGAGAUGUGGCAAUCUGUCUGCUCCAUAUACAGUAAUAUAUGUUUAUGAUUGCUUGAACAUCAGCAGUUAGCAUCAGAUACUGCUGGCAUGAACAUAUAUAAUUUUCUCAAAGGAAUGACCAUUUCUCCUUCUAGAACCUGGACUAACCAACUGCCACUUUAACAGCUCACCCGUUUCCUCUUCCAGCCUUUGUAAACCACACGUGUUUACGUCCCUGUCGCCACCUGCCAGGAGUAAGUCGUGCUAGGAUUCAUCAAGAUUGUUAAUGCUAAGCAAGUGAAGCCGUCCAAGAUCUAUGAACAGCCCAAGAAUCUUUUAGCAAGACAUCUAUUCUGGGUGUUAAUGAAUGAACUUCCAGGAAGGCUCCAGGAUGCUGACAUUGUCCGGAAGUAUUUGGGAGGUUGGUUCAUUCUCUCUCUUGCUCUCUGAAUGGAUGUUGCAGUUAUUCCAUGAUGAAAGGACCAUCUACCGGCUGGUCUACUUUAGCAUUUUCCUUUUGCUGCUUCCCUUCGGAUGUUGAUUAGUCCUAGAUGUGUCGUCAUCGCUCAUUACGGCAGUAUAGGUGACGUGGACCUUCUAAGAGGGAACACUAAAAGCGACUGCGAGAGAAGCCUGUGCAUGGGAGAUAACCCUAUGUAUUCUAAUUUAUCCUCGUGGAAGAAGUUUGGCGGUUUGACUAAGUCCAAAUCUGCAACGUGUGGAGAUUAUGGAGGAAUCAAGCGUAUAUGCAACACUUGUAAAUGGUCAACUAUUUAAGCACCAAUCGAAUGGUUGUUAAGCUA